GGCGUCAUAGGGUCUCGUUGAAAGCGAACUGCGUUGAUCGGUUUUUUAGAAUUGAUCUUUUUGUAGGGUCGUCGGGUAGAAAUUUGAGGUGUCUGAAAAGCGUAAAAAGGAUUUUUCGUCUCUUUUUAUUUCGAUUCCCAUUCGAAUCCUUUAAACACCGCUGCGGUGAUUCGAGCAAUUGGCCAGGACCAAUAUCGAACCCAAUUCAGCGACGCCUCUCCAAAGCUUCUUCGGAUCCUUGUAUGAGAAUCGGUUGCAAUUAUGAGAAUUUUGUGAAGUGCCAGAAACACCUUGCCAUACAACAUGGAGAAAAGAAUUCCGGGUUAUUAUUUUGAUCCGGAGAAAAGGAAAUAUUUCAAAAUCCUUCCAAAUCAUGCUGCGCCAGCGUCACAAUAUUCAAGGCAAAACGUCUCAAAAGUCCAAUAUCUAGAGCGAAAACGGAAAAGAGAUGAGCGGGAUGAGGCCCGGCUGAAAAUGCGCAUCACUCGUUCCAGAAUUCUAAAUCAUCCCUUGGCCGGCGCUCUUUCCCUUCCGCGCGAGCAUGGGCAGGAAUUGCGACCUGCGGCACUGGCGAAGACUUAUGCAACCGGCUUGUCCUCAGAACGUCUCAUCUCUAGUUCCGAUCCUCGAGGAGAGAAGAUUGGGCAGUUCGCCAGGGAUCCAGAGACCGGCGGGUUAUUCUUCAGUACUAUUCACUCAGGGGUUUCCAAGUACAUGUCAAUCGCUCCAAAAUGGUCAUCAAAUGGUGAGCCUGAAUACUCAAAGAUCCGCGGUUGGCAUUUGAUAACUCCACCGAGUGCAUCUGAGAUAACUUCUGUAAACAUCGGAAAAACCAGGACGUUGAUGUCAACAACGCUAGGCGGAACGACGCAAUCAACUGUGCACUUGGCGAAACUCGUUGACCCUUCAUGCUUUGAUGGUAGUCUGUUAGAUGUAGGAGCUCACGUGCUAUUAAAACCUCCAGGGCAAACUUCUAUCUGGACUUCUGCGCCCUCCAAGACCGAUGGCAAUAUUGCAAUCGGUACAAGCAGCGGGAUCAAUCUCCUGCAGGAGUCACUUAGCAAUUGGACCGAACUCAAGACCAUACAUUAUCCAACCGACGUUUUUGCUUUAGAAUUCCUCUCAGCUUCAACUAUUGCAGCAGGGCUAAGAGACAACAGCGUCAGACUGUACGACCAGCGUAGCUCUGGCAAAUCUCUGAGGCUCAGGCAUCGAAGCGCAGUGACCGGCAUCAAGCAGGUGGAUGACUGCCGCAUACUCGUCUGUGGCCUAAAGAAUAGCGUAAGCCCAGACCGAAGAUGUCCUUGUCGUUCUGACACGAUCCCCUCUCCGCAUCUAUUUCCUGAAACGCGUGUAUCCUUAUUUUCUUUCGUUUCUUUAUUCUAUUCGCUGUCUAACUAAGUUCUGAACAAUUCAGUUAUCCAUGUACGAUCUCCGCUACCA